UGAUGACAUGUUUCUGUUGUUUUGUAAACUUAUUUUGUUGUGGAAUGAGAUUUAAAUUCUUUAUUUCGUCUUCAUGAUGGGAGACUUCAUCGCGGCCAACAAUAUGUGUGGGCAAAAUCUUCUGCGUUUGAUUUCUCGUGGAAAUGCAAUUAUUGCUGAACUGAUGCGACUGAAGGAUUAUAUCCCACCAGUUUAUAGAUUGGAUUCGAAGAGGGAUAUUCAAAAUUAUGGUUCGGUUGUGAUAGACUUCGCUUACUUCAAAACUGCAACUGCAUGUGAAGAAAAGAUUGAAAAUGAUGCUAAUUUACAAGUCUUAGAUGAGGAGCUUCGAAACAAUUAUUCUCAAAUUCUUUUAAGAUUUUACAUAGCCUUCGAAGGCAUUCAUAAAUAUAUUACCGAGUUGAAUUCUUACGUAGACGAAUUGGAGGAUGGAAUAUAUAUUCAACAGACAGUUGAAUCCAUUAUGUUAAAUGAGGAAGGAAAGCAGUUAAUGUGUGAAGCUAUUUACUUAUAUGGUAUCAUGUUACUCUUGACGGACUUCUAUUUUGAGGGGCCCAUCAGAGAGCGAUUACUUGUUUCUUAUUAUCGAUAUCACGCUCAAGGUUCAUCAGCAACGAGAGUGGAAGACGUUUGUAUGCUAUUAAGAUCGACUGGAUUUGUAAAAUCUUCAGGGAAAAGGCCUCCCAAUUAUCCUGAAGUUUACUUCGAGAGAGUGCCUAUCAAUACUUCGUUCAUCGAUCUUGUUAUCGCCCGCUUGAGAUCCGACGAACUUUAUAACCAGAGUGUUGCAUUUCCGCAUCCAGAACACCGAAGUGUUGCCCUAGCAAAUCAGUCUUCAAUGCUGGUCGUGAUAUUGUCAUUCAAACCAACCGCAUUGCACAAUCAAACGGCAAUUAUGAGGGAAAUAGUAGACAGAUUUUUUCCUGAUACUUGGGUCAUAAGCGUUUAUAUGGGAAUCGUAAUAGAUCUUUGGGAUUGGUGGCUUCCGUACAAAGCUGCACGUUCGGCUUUGAACAAUACUCUUGAGAGUAACAAUAUUAAGAUCGUAUCUCAAAAGUACGGUCAGGCAAUGGAAAAGCAAAUUCGAAAAACCGAAGAAGUAAAAACGAAGAUAACUCUUGAUGAGAGCACAUUAGGGUCUGUGAUAAAGCUAGUUCGGGACUGCAAUGUGACAUUGCAUUGGAUCCUGUUACAUACUGCUAUUCCUACAUUUCUGCUGGAAGAUACAAAAAAGUCUCGAAGUCUUCGACAAAUGGUGAUACAAGAGAGCAAGUAUUCUGCGAACAACGGCCUUCGGUUACUUCUGAGCACAGCUCAAAUAGAACACGAAGUCAAACAGUUAUACAAACAACUACUAAACGACAAAGAAGCAAAGUGGAUGAAAAGUAAAGAAACUUGUGUCGAGCGUAUAAGAGGACUUUCUGAAGUUUUUGGCGGGCAGAAGUCAUUCGAUGGUGUAGAAAAAAAUCCAUGCUUGGAAGCUUGGUUCAAGGAAAUCAGCAAGCACGUCGAUACUUUGCAAGAAGAAGAUGGAAGGAAAAUAGCGCAAUUAUUGCAAGCCUUGGAAGAAGUUCAAGAGUUCCAUCAGUUGGAAAAUAACCUGCACAUAUCGCAGCAUUUAAAUGACACCCGGGCAAUUUUACAUAAUAUGUUGCGCACGAGUAAUGUUACGGAGGACACGAUGAUAGCUUUAAAUAUUGUGACGGACUGUUGUUAUGCCUGGAAUAUUAUGGAGUGUUUUAUACCAAUCAUGCAGGAAAGCAUUAAAGCCAAUCCACCAACUGUGAUUAAACUGAAAGCUCUGUUUUUAAAGAUGGCAUCUGCUUUAGAAAUGCCGCUUUUAAGGGUCAAUCAAGCUCGAAGUGCAGACUUGUCUUCAGUUUCUCAGUACUACAGCAGAGAAUUAGAAAGUUUUGCUAGACGAGUUCUUCAAAUUAUUCCCGAAACGGUUUUUGGUAUUUUAGCGCAGAUUGUGCAUCUCGAAACGAAUUUUUUUAGUGAAAUACCCACUAAGCUUUACAAGGACAAAAUCAAAGAUUAUGCGCAGUUGGACGAAAGACUGAAGAUGGCAGAGUUAACGUAUGCGGUAUCAGUUUUCACGAAGGGAAUGUUGUCAUUGAGAAGUGUAUCCUUAGGUGUCUUGAGAGUUGAUUCUCAUCGUCUUUUGGAAGAUGGUAUUCGUCAAGAAUUGGUGAAGAAAGUUACUUUGGCUUUACACAAGUGCCUAACUUUUGACGCAAAAUCAAAGAAUCAACUAAUUGCCAAAUUACAAAACUUGGCAACUGUAAUGGAUGGGUACAGAAAGUCCUUCCAGUAUAUUCAGGACUACAUUAAUAUAAACAGUUUAAAAAUUUGGCAUGAAGAGGUUACAUAUAUCAUCAACAAUGCCGUGGAUGAAGAAUGUAGAGGUUCUACGUGGACUCCCGGAAAAUCAUGGACUUAUUAUCAGGAUGAAAAACUAAGUACUUGCACGAUUUCGAGUGAUUCCAAUUCCGUAACGUUUAUGGGCAGACUAGCGCAGGAAUUAAUUCGAAUAACAGAUCCUAAGACUUCAGUUUAUAUAGAACAUACUCUAGCGUGGUACGAUCUAAAAAAUCAGACCGAAAUCCUGAGUCACAAAGUAUUUUCCAUGAUACUGAAAGCAAUGGGCACUCCAGGAUUGACGGGAUUGGACAAAAUGAUUUCUUUUUUCAUCGCAGUCGAAAUGGAAAACACCAUUAACUAUAUUCAUCAAGGUGUCAAAGGUAAAAUGUGGGCGGGAAUGUUGAAGGAAUGUGAAAGUAUUUGCCAGACUGUGGAUUCAAAAAGUUAUCCAGGAAAAUUGCAUGCAACUGUUAACUCUCAUGUCAGCAAGGUUUGGUCCUCGUUGUUGGAUUCAGUAUUGAAAAUUGGACAUUUGCAACUGCUUAGGCAUAAUAUUUCAUUUGAACUAAACACAGAGUGCAAAUUUGAGGCCAAGCACAUGGAAGGUGCCCUGAAAACAUUUAAUGAGGCAGUUCUCGGAGAAAUUUGCAAAGUAAGAAAUGAAACUAAACCAGAUUCAGUUCUUAAACAGAAAGGUGAUUUUUUAUUGGAACUAAGCGUCAGACUUGACUGGGCUGGAAUUACAGAUCCUUUGAAAAAGGGUUACGUUGAACCACCAGAUAUAAAUAAUAUUUCUUUUAUCAUGUUCCUGUUAACUGUGAUUCAAAUUCAUAAGCUAUAUUUCUGCAAGAACACAGCAAGUCUCUUGAGUAAAAAAGUUCAAGAUCCAUUGGAUUCAGUAAUUUUGUCUGUGGGAAUUCAAACUGUUCUGCAACAAUUUGGUAAUUCCCAUUUGAUGAACUACGUUGGCCACUUAAGUGAUUAUAUUGUCUCGUACGCAACAGUAGACAGCUCUAAAUUGACUAGUGAAUGGGAGAUGGAAGCAAUAAUAGGAUUACAUUUUCUGGAAUUGUUCUCCAAGUACGCAGGCAUUCCAAAGUCUGUCAUUUUGAACUGCAUGCCUCCUUUAGUUUUAGACCAAUAUCACACAAAAGUGUCUAAGCAAUAAUCUCUAAUAUGUACAUAUAUAUGUAUUAUUUAUCACUGUUGAUUUAUUCUUGUAUUUA